GAACAUGCUGCGGUUAUACCUAAUGUGAAGGAACAUUGUAUGAUGAAAAGAGAAGUGAGAGCAGGAGUGGACUUCCUGGUUGAGUUGCUGAAAGCACGAGGAAAGGCAGAUGAGCACAAAGUGGAGUGUUUUGGCAAGAAAUUAAUGGCCAUACUCUGUAGGAGGUAUACUAACCACUGGUACCCUGCCAACCCGAGUCGGGGCCAGGCAUUCAGGAGUAUUCUGAUCAGCAGCAAUCAAUCAUGCGAUGAGUCGGUACUGCAAGCUUUCCAGGAAAGUGAGUUGGAUCCAAUGGAACUGGGCCUGCCCAGGGAGCUCAUACUCUGGAUUGACCCUUUUGAGGUCUCUGCCCGGUCGGGAGAUAAGGGACACUACUUCACUGUUGCUCAAUUUGAAAUGAAGAGUGAGGAAGAACGGGAGGCCGACUCCCAGGGAGACACAUCAGAUUACCACUCUGCUAAUUCGUCUGACCACAGCUCUGAAACAUCCUCAGACAAUGAGGGGGAGAAAGAAACCCCAACAGAAGGUAAGACAGAGAAGGAGACCCCCGAAUCCUCCACAGAUGCUGUUAGGACACCCCUUCCUCAGAGGAAAAAGCGCAAACAGCAUAAGGCUCCCUCUCUUCAGUGCAUUUAUCAUCCUACACCGGUGUGGCUUCAGUAUGGAGGGAGUGCCCCUUUAUAUCAUACUACUGUUUACCAUCUUGGAACGCCACUCAUCUAUUACUGUAUUCCAUCAGAGACUCAUGGCUACACCACUCCUCAGUUCAUCAUCCCCCAAGUAGCUUUACAACCAUAUGGAGUGAGAAAAGGUUUAACUGCUAAGUAAAAAUUCCAGCACCAAACAUCAUUUUGGAACAUUGAAAACCACAUGCUGACCAGACACGAUAGUUGCAGAAAAUUUAACAGGAAAAUAACCACCAGAGUAAAAUGAGCAAAUCUAAACUUUGCAACUUAAUUUCUUUUCAGCACUGCUUUGUUUCAACCUCCUUUGCCAGUAUUAUGCAUAACUGCUCCAAAGGCUGGCAAUUCCUUUGGCAUGUACAUUCAGCAUCUGACUA